ACAACCACAAUGGCUUUCCAUUUAAAACUGGACAACACAUAAACAGUGAAUAACAUACAAAAGGAGCGAGAGUUGAUCCUCCACUUUCACAGUUAUGAGCAUGGCGGACUCAGAUGUCAACAUGACAGACUCUGAGGUCAAUGUGACUGACUCAGAGCUCCACAUGGAGUGUGUGGAGGAGGAUCUGACGCCGUGGCAACAGCAACCAGAAGAGGAAAUGGAAGAAACAAGCAAGGGUCCCAGUAAAGGUGAGUGUGCUGUGUGCAGACUCAAUGUAACCUGCCUCCCUGGGUCAUGUCAUUCUGUAUGUUUUGGGACUCAAUUCACAUAUGCAACAGUUUCAAAAUAGACAACUGUAAAUGGUGAGUCUGUAUUAUCAGUAUCAUUGUCAUAUUCUAUCGUCAGUUCAUGGUUCUUUAAAUCGCCUUCCCAGUACCAGCACCUCAAGAUGACACUUCAGUGAUACCCCUCAACGAUGGCAGUAGCAUCACAACCAAACCCAUGCCUGCCCUUGGUGAGUGCUCUGGCAUGGUACACUAUAUAUAUCAAAGUAUGUGGACACCCUUUCAAAUUAGUGGAUUUGGCUAUUUCAGCCAAAGCCGUUGCUGACAAGUGUAUAAAAUCGAGCACACAGCCAUACAAUCUCCAUAGACAAACACUGGCAGUAGAAUGGCCUUACUAAAGAGCUCAGUGACUUUCAAUGUGGCACCAUCAUAGGAUGAUGCAACCUUUCCAACAAGUCAGUCCAUCAAAUGUCUGCCCUACUAGAGCUGCCCUGGUCAACUGUAAGUGCUGUUAUUGUGAAGUGGAAAAGUCUAGUAGCAACAACAGUUGAGCCGCGAAGUGGUAGGCCACACAUGCUCACAGAACGGGACCGCCGAGUGCUGAAGUGCGUAGCAUGUAAAAAUCGUCUAUCCUUGGUUGCAACACUCACUACCGAGUUCCAAACUGCCUCUGAAAGCAACGACAGCACAAUAACUGUUCGUCAGGAGCUUCAUUAAAUGGGUUUCCAUGGCCGAGCAGCCGCACACAAGCCUAAGAUCACCAUUGCCAAUGCCAAGCGUCGGCUGGAGUGGUAUAAAGCUCGCCGCUAUUGGACUCCGGAGCGGUCGAAACGUGUUCUCUGGAGUGAUGAAUCACGCUUCGCCAUCUGGCAGUCCGACAGAUUAAUCUGGGUUUGGCAGAUGCCAGGAGAACGCUACCUGCCCCAAUGCAUAGUGCCAACUGUAAAGUUUGGUGGAGGAGGAAUAAUGGUAUGGGGCUGUUUUUCACGGUUCAGGCUUGGUCCCUUAGUUCCAGUGAAGGGAAAUGUUAACGCUACAGCAUACAAUGACAUUCUAGACUAUUCUGUGCUUCCAACUUUGUGGCAAAAGUUUGGGGAAGGGCCUUUCCUGUUUCAGCAUGACAAUGCCCCCGUGCACAAAGCGAGGUCCAUACAGAAAUGGUUUGUUGAGAUUGGUAUGGAAGAACUUGACUGGCUUGCACAGAGCCCUGACCUCAACCCAGUUGAACACCUUUGGGAUUAAUUAGAACGCAGACUGCGAGCCAGACCUAAUCGCCCAACAUAAGUGCCCGACCUCACUAAUGCUCUUGUGGCUGAAUGAAAGCAAGUCCCUGCAGUGAUGUUCCAACAUCUAGUGGAAAGCCUUCCCAGAAGAGUGGAGGCUGUUAUAGCAGCAAAGGGGGGACCAACUCCAUAUUAAUGCCCAUGAUUUUGGAAUGAGAUGUCCGACGUGCAGGUGUCCACAUACCUUUGGUCAUGUAGUGUAUUAAAACAAAUAUAGGAAUAGGAGGUAACUGCCAAAAUAAAGGAAAUGCCAACAUAAAAUGUCUUAAUAGGGCGUUGGGCCAUCACAAGCCAGAACCGCUUCAAUGCGCCUUGGCAUAGAUUCUACAAGUGUCUGGAACUCUAUUGGAGGGAUGUGACACCAUUAUUCCACGAGAAAUUCCAUAGUUUGGUGUUUUGUUGAUGGUGGUGGAACAUGUUGUCUCAGGAGCCGCUCCAGAAUCUCCCAUAAGUGUUACAUUGGGUUGGGAUCUGGUGACUGAGACGGCCAUGGCAUAUGAUUUACAUCAUUUUCAUGCUCGUGCCCUGUGGAUGGGUCUAUUUUCAUCCUAUGAGGACAUAGCCAUGGUAGCCUAAAUAAUGGCCGUCCAAGCAUUUUUAUACAUGACCCUAAGCAUGAAGCAAUAUUAAUAGCUUAAUUAAUCCAGGAACCACACCUGUGUGCUCCUGAUUGUGCUCCUGAGUGGCGCAGUGGUCUAAGGCACUGCAUCGCAGUGCUAACUGUGCCACUAGAGAUCCUGGUUUGAAUCCAGGCUCUGUCGCAGCCGGCCGCGACCGGGAGACUCAUGGGCGGCGCACAAUUGGCCCAGCGUCGUCCAGGGUAGGGGAGGGAAUGGCCGGCAGGGAUGUAGCUCAGUUGAUAGAGCAUGGCGUUUGCAACGCCAGGGUUGUGGGUUCGAUUCCCACGGGGGGCCAGUACAAAAAAAUAUGUAUUCACUAACUGUAAGUCGCUCUGGAUAAGAGCGUCUGCUAAAUGACUAAAAUGUAAAAUGUAAAUGUGUGGAAGCACCUGCUUUCAAUAUACUUUGUAUCCCUCAUUUACUCAAGUGUUUCCAUUAUUUUGGCAGUUACACGUAUACUUUUGGCAACUGUUUUGACUUCGCUUAUUUUUUUACUUACUGACGUGUAGUCACCGUAGAAUAAAACAUGGUUCAAUGGACACAUGUAACCAAUCGGUGUAAGCCUCAUAGGGAGGAUAUUGACUUUUGCCGAUCUCUGCAGCACCGUUACUACCCAAAGCAAUGGUCUUGACGCAGGCUAUGACUCAAGUGCUGCAGCCUCUUCAGACCGCCAUGCCUCAGAUGCUGCAUAUGCCAACCACUAUGCUGCCUAGCACAGGCAGCACCACUGGCCAGAACAUCAUAUUCACCACACAGGUACGCAGACGAGAGAGAGACAUGUUUGUUCUUCAUCAUAUAUUUCUAUCUGAACCCUCCCCUGAUUGUUGUCAUUAGAUUGCUGCUGAGCAGCGAACGUUUAGGUUGACAACAGUGGACAAGGCAGUGCUUCAUGGACUUGAGUUUUUCUAGAGGAAUAAUGAGCCUCAAGUCAUUGCUGUGAUCUUUCUCUUUUUGUGGUGCAGAACAUUCAAGGGGCGACACAGACUAUAAGUGCCAAACCGGUAGGAUAUAUCCUGAGUGGCCAGCCCAUCACCGUGCUGCCUGGUGGUAAGUAGCUAACAUUAGACCACUGGAGGUUGGUGGCACCUUAAUUGGGGAGGACAGGCUUGUGGUAAUGGCUGGAUCGGAAUCAGUGGAAUUAUAUCAAAUAGAUCAAACACAUGGUUUCCAUGUGUUUUAUGCCAUUCCAUUCGCGCCGUUCCAGCCAUUAUUAUGAGCCGUCCUCCCCUCAGCAGCCUCCACUGCAUUAGACAUGUCUAUUAUCGUAUCGAUGUCCUGAUAGCUAAUGAAGUAUUUCACAGCCCACCUCAAAACCUAGAAGUAACCACCUUUAGUGGGAUCCAGAGAAAUGUGACAGUGUUUUUCUAUAAUUGUCAUGCAAACUUUGGGUCAUAAUAGAACGGAAACUUAUAUUUUAUCCGGUGGGAAGUGUUUUGUAAAAUGCAAAUAGACAAUAGCUACUGUAUGAUUCCAUUAUUAUUCCAGUGAUUUUUUUGUUGUUGAAUAGAAUAUUUGCUAUAUUCUAGUAAUUGUCAUGUGCCAACAUAUCGCCACAGUCCGUGCCAUGGUGGAACUUGCACUCCUGUAGAGCUGAAAUCAUUGGAUGGUGAAACUUGCAUCCAGCCAACCAGAAAAGCAAGGCUUAGCAAUUUUAGGCAUUCUUGAAAGUCAGGACAAUCCUUGUCCUGCAAAGAAACAUUAUUUUUAUAGUUGAAAAAAUAGAUUUAGCAAGUUGUAGGCAUUUAGAAUUUAAAUGUGGAGUGGAGCUUUAUAGAUAGGCCUUCGUGAUGAUAUCACGUGCCCCACAUACGAUCAAAAUUAUUCAGCAAUACAAAUUUAUUUGGGAAACCGGUUUCCAUCAUCAUUUGUAGAAAUAGACAGUUUGACAAAAGAAAAAUCCACCCCUGUCGAACAGAUACAAAUGUUGUCGAUCUUUAGAACGUUUCUCCUAUAGGUGCCGUUUCCAUUACACUCUUAGCAAUUUUUUUGCAACGUUGCUUUUGUCGAAUAAACCUGUCAAUGAAAACCUGCCUAUUGUGAGCGGCUCUUAACUACUGUCUCUCCUCCAGGCCAGGGAACCCAGCUGCAGCUACCGCCCCAGCAGGUGCUGUCUCAGCCCAGGGGCAGGUCGGCCGCCAGCGGCUUCACCACAGUGCGGAUACCCGUCACCCUCACCAUCCGCACCACCAACGGAGUCCAGACCAUCAGCACUGUGGCCUCCGGCGGGGUCACCCUCUCAUCCUUCCCCGCGGCCCUCCCCACCACCAUCCCAUCUGUCACAGGUAAGGAAGGCUCUAGUCCUUGUGGGCCAUCAGUCUCUCCAAAAGUUGAACACAGGGAUUAUAAGUUAAAUUGCAGUCUCAGCAAAUAAUUGUCAGUAUGAAUUUAAGUCUAGUCUCGUAGAGUAAAGGCCAUAUUUAUUGUUAAAAAACACACCUUCUGAUUUGUGUUAUCUGUGAUGAAUCAUUGCUUUGUCUUGGGACACUAAUCCCACUUUCUUGUGUGUGUAGGGAUUGUGUCAGCCAGUUCUUCAGGUGCAGCAGGAAGCCAUGUUGUGAGCACUGCACCCCUUACCGUCUCACCCAAAAUACAGCAGCAGCCGACCCUGCAACCAGCUCCCAGCAUUACCAGGUCCCCUGCUACCAGUGGUCCGAGCACUGCUCCCUCUCCUAGUGCACCCCUCAGAGGUUAGUAGUCUUUCUUUCCUGUAAUAGCUAACAGAAAUAGGUUGGUACUGCAUUCAUCUUUCAGAUAUUACUACAUUUACAUUUACAUUUUAGUCAUUUAGCAGACGCUCUUAUCCAGAGCGACUUACAGGAGCAAUUAGGGUUAAGUGCCUUGCUCAAGGGCACAUUUACGUCAUUUAGCAGACGCUCUUAUCCAGAGCGUGUAGCCUGUAGUUUUUCUCACCACUCCAAACAAGAAAUGAUCCAUACUAAUAGAAUAUCCUAUUGAAGUCAAAGGUAAUUUACCACUGACCAAGUCCCCUGUUGUGUUCUUUGAUUUGGCACAUUAAAUCGUUUUCUUAUCCAGAGUACUGUUGUGUUCCCUUUGCAGUGAUUGCACCAGCCCCCGCCAAGCCUAAGAUGUGCAAGCGCUGUGGAUCUGAGUACAAAUUGGUCAACGCCCUCCGGGGCUUCAUGUGUGUAAGUGUGCCUUAGGUGUACUUUAUACUCUCUUUGGGAAAUGUAUAUAACUUAUUUAGUGGAUUUUUGGGUGACAUAUUCAUAUUAUUAGCCCAGGCCUGACCGUGAAGGACUGUUGUUAAAAGCUUCUCCUGAUAUGGCAAAAUCCUCUGCUAUUAUGACAUCUACCCUAAAAGCUUCCUGUGAAGUAUUUUACACUCUUAUAAUGGUAAUAGAUGUAUGAAUAUUGAUCUUUACCCAACUGGUCCUUCUUACCUUCUAGCUCUGCAGCAAGCAGAUCGCCCUGAGCCUGGAUGCCAUCAAUGCCGUUGCCAAGCUCUCCUCCAAACCCACCAGAUCUUCCAAAUCCAAGUCCAAGUCAUCCAAAGCCACCGCCUCCUCUCCCUCCUCCUCUUCGUCCUUCUCCAAGACCUCCAAGGAGGCCUCCAAGGAGCCACUCACCACGCCGGUGCGACCGGUGUAUGUGGAGGAGGAAGGCAGCCCCAUCCUGGAGGCCGACCAGCAGGGCAAGCUCAUUAUGCUGGUGGAGGACUUCUACUACGGCGUGGACAAGGGCCGCAACCUGAGUGGCGCACCAGUGGAGAAGCCGCCGGGCAUCUUCAAGUGCAUCCACUGCGAAAAGACACUGAAGACUAACAUCAAGUGAGUGGUGGAGUGUGGGAAACAGGAAUUCAUGUUGUUUUUAAACGAUUUAUGUUUUGUUGAAUUGACUGAAAUCUUCCCCUCACACUCUUUGUCCUUCAUCUUCCACCUCUCCUCCUCUCUUCCAGGCUGAUGAACCACAUGCGUCACCACGUGGAGAUGACGGCGCAGCAGAACGGUGAGGUGGACACGCACACCGCCUGCCAGCACUGCUUCCGCAACUUGGCCACGCCCUUCCGCCUGCAGUGCCACGUGGAGAGCGUCCACAGCCAGUUGGAGUCCACCGGUGAGUACUAGCUCGCUCCCCACUCGCCCACCAACAAGUCAGUGUCAUACCACAUAGUCGCUAAAAGAAAGUGAAUCUAUCAGCACUUGCCAUCCCAACAACAUUCUACCACGCACCCACACAGUCAAAUCACAUUGAAUCAGCACUGGGUGCUGAAAUAUAUUACCUUGUUGGGAAUUGGGUGAAUUUAAGAGGGAUACAGACAUUUCGUUGCCACUCUAGGAAACAGUCACUCUUAUCCAGCGUGACGUUCAGUAAGUGCAUACAGCAAGAGGACUGAGCACUUUGAAUGCUUAUGUGACACACUGGCUUUUUUUCUGUGUUCAUCACAGCUAAGUGUAAGAUCUGCGAGUGGGCAUACGAGAGCGAGCCUGUCUUCCUGCAGCACAUGAAGAGCACCCACAAACCGGGAGAGAUGCCCUACAUUUGCCAGGUAAACGUUGCCCACUUGGUCAUUACUAAUACCGUCUCUUCCACUCACCCUCCUUUCACACACCGAAUCUCUCUGCACCCUUUUCUCUUUUACUUUCACUCUCCGUUAAUCACUUGAGAGAGCUGUUUUAUUACACAAUUUAACUUCAGUGUGAACUUCAAGGCUAAGCCUAAAUGUCCAAACCAAGUCCAUAUAUUCAGACGCAAUGUCCUGUCCUGUCCUGGGGGAAAGCUCACUAUAUCAACAUGUCUCCUAAUGCAAUUCACCCUUAAAAUGGUUUCAAUUGCUCCAUUGCACCCCCCUCCUCUUCCUCUUUGUGAAGGUGUGCGACUACCGUUCGUCCCUGUAUGUGGACGUUUUCGCCCACUUCCGUGAGGUCCACAACGGCACGGCCAAUCUGCUGUGCCCCUACUGCCUCAAGGUGUUCCGCUCCAGCAGCAACUACCAAAACCACUACAGCCGCCACCAGGUAAACCCAAUGAGGCUACAUCUUCGGCCAUUGUCAGCCAGUCUAUUCCACUCCAUUUUCUUUCAGAAACCCAUUUGCCUCCUUGUGUUUUUAUUCCUAUGUGUUUGUGUGCAGAAAAAAACAGUGUUUCAAUGCGACCGGUGCCGGCUGCAGUUCCUCUUUGCCAAGGACCGGGCGGAGCACAAGGUGCAGUACCACAAGACCCACCUCAAGCCAUGGCAGCUGGAGGGCCUGAAGCCUGGGACUAAGGUGAGGAGUGUGUGUGUAUGUACAGUGCAUUCGGAAAGUAUUCAGACCCCUUCACUUUUUCCACAUUUUGUUACGUUACAGCCUUAUUCUAAAAUUGAUUAAAUUGUUAUUUUUUCUCCUCAUCAAUCUACACACAAUACCCCAUAAUGACAAGGCAAAAACAGGUUUUUAGAAAAUUUUGCUAAUGUAUUCAAAAUAAAGAAUGGAUAUCACAUUUACAGAAGUAUUCAUACCCUUUACUCAGUACUUUGUUGAAGCACCUUUGGCAGUGGUUACAGCCUUGAGUCUUCUUGGGUAUGAAGCUUGGCACACCUGUAUUUGGGGAGUUUCUCCCAUUCUUCUCUGCAUAUCCUCUCAAGCUCUGUCAGGUUGGAUGGGGAGCGUCGCUGCACAGCUAUUUUCAGGUCUCUCCAGAGAUGUUUGAUCGAGUUCAAGUCCGGGCUCUGGCUGGGCCACUCAAGGACAUUCAGAGACUUGUCCAGAAGCCACUCCUGUGUUGUCUUGGCUGUGUGUUUAGGGUUGUUGUCCUGUUGGAAGGUGAACCUUCACCCCAGUCUGAGGUCCUGAGCGCUCUGGAGCAGGUUUUCAUCAAGGAUCUCGCUGUACUUUGCUCCAUUCAUCUUUCCCUCGAUCCGGACUUGUCUCCCAGUCCCUGCUGCUGAAAAACAUCCCCACAGCAUGCUUCACCGUAGGGACAUGACGCUUGGCAUUCAGGCCAAAGAGCUCAAUCUUGGUUUCAUCAGACCAGAGAAUCCUGUUUCUCAUGGUUUGAGUCCUUUAGGUGCCUUUUGGCAAACUCCAAGCAGGCUGUCAUGUGCCUUUUACUGAGGAGUGGCUUUCGUCUGGCCACUCUACCAUAAAGGCCUGAUUGGUGGAGUGCUGCUGAGAUAGUUGCCCUUCUGGAAGGUUCUCCCACCUCCACAGAGGAACUCUGGAGCUCUCUCAGAGUGACCAUCGGGUUCUUGGUCACCUCCCUGACCAAGGCCCUUCUUCCCCGAUUGCUCAGUUUGGCCGGGCGGCCAGCUCUAGGAAGAGUCUUGGUGGUUCCAAACUUCUUCAAUUUAAGAAUGAUGAAGGCAACUGUGUUCUUGGGGACCGUCAAUGCUGUAGAAAUGUGUUGGUACCCCUGUCCCUCGACACAAUCCUUUCUCAGGGCUCUACGGACAAUUCCUUCAACCUCAUGGCUUUCUUUUUGCUCUGAAAUGCACUGUCAACUGUGUGACCUUAUAUAGACAGGUGUGUGCCUUUUACAAAUAAUGUCCAAUCAAUUGAAUUUACAACAGGUGGACUCCAAUCAAAUUGUAGAAACAUCUCAAGGAUGAUCAAUGGAAACAGGAUGCACCUGAGCUCAAUUUCUAGUCUCAUAGCAAAGGGUCUGAACACUUAUGUAAAUAGAGUAUUUGUUUUUUAUUUGUAAUAAAUUUGCUAAAAUGUCUAAACCUGUUUUCGCUUUAUUAUGGGGUAUUGUGUGUAGAUUGAUGAGGAAAAAAGUUACUUUAAUCACUUUCAGAAUAAGGCUGUAACGUAACAAAAUGUGGAAAAAGUCAAGGGUUCUGAAUACUUUCCGUAUGUGUGCAAGUGUGAGUGAUUGCUUGAAUGUGAUAUUUAAGCAAUUUGGCCUGAGGGGGUGUGGUAUAUGGCCAAUAUACCACGGCUAAGGGCUGUUAUUAUGCUUGACUCAACGCGGAGUGCCUGGAUUCAGCUCUUCGCCGUGGUAUAUUGGCCAUUUAGCACAAUUCCAAGGUGCCUUAUUGCUAUUAUAAAACUGGUUACCAAUGUAAUUAGAGCAGUAAAAAUAUGUUUUGUCAUACCCGUGGUAUAUGGUCUGAUAUACCACGGCUGUCAGCCAAUCAGCAGUCAUCGCUCGACCCACCCAGUUUAUAAAUCAGCAUUUUUGUCUGUACUUUCUCAGUGAUGGGAAAGUCUAUUGCUGUGUGAUUGUUAUGCGUUUUCCCUGUGCAUAAUGGGAAUACUAGUAAUGUAUAUUAAUAGAGUGGUCUAAGAAUAUUUCUCUGUGCUCCAGGUGACCAUCAGGGCCUAUGCGCUGCAGGGCAAGCAGCACUUCCAUCAGGAAUCUUCUGGCCGGGGAGACCUCCGGCCCUCCAAAGUGAUAGACGUUCCGUCUGCUCCCCAAAAACCUGAGCCCAAGAAGAAGUCUGUCGAGAGCCUGAUGAAGCUGCUCACUAAAUUCCAGAUGAGGUAGAAGAGGGUUAACGUUUUUCCCCCUGAGUUGAUUGACUUGAAAUGGAAUUGACUCCAAGCUUUAUUCAGACUCAAUUGAGUUUAAAUAAAUACUGUAAACAAAGUGUUUAGCUUUGCCGUAUAGUAAAACUGUUGACAAUUUAUCAUUUAGAGCAGGGUUCUAGGAUGCUGCAGAUAGAAAUGGAAUAUGUAAAAUGGGAAGCUUGGAAAUUCCAUUGCUGUGCACUAUGGGUAACCUGCCUCUACCUUCAUUUCACCUCCUUCCCCACAGUGCAUCGCUGGCCCAACAGAACUGCAUGGAGUGCAUCUUUAAGAUUCCCGACUUUGCCAACCACUUCCCCACCUAUGUCCACUGCUCCUUGUGUCGUUACUGCACCUGCUGCUCCCGCGCCUACGCAAACCACAUGAUCAAGUGAGUGACGUUGCUCAACACCUCACACUCAAGAUUUUAAUGUAAAGAUUUCCCAAAUUAUUUAUUCCAUCAUAGAGGGUCAUUGAAAUUAUAUGGGCUUGGAGAAAGGUGUAUGACACAUGUUUUCUGUCUCUUUUCACUUGAAGUAACCAUGUGACUCGCAAGAGCACCACCCAAUACCUGGCCAUGUACGAGUCAUACCCAAGGUAACAAUCAUUUCUUCAGACAAUUUUUUGAGGAGUAUUUAACUGAAUGUAGUGUGUUUUAAUACGGACUGUUCUAAACCCUCUGUUGGUCCCAUUUCAGAAUCGAUGAGAUGAGGUGCACAUCAUGUAACUACAAGACCAAGGUGGGAGAUAUGAUGGCCAACCACCUGGUGGAUCACCCAGACCAUGAUGCUGCUAGCUUCAGCAAGCUGGAGGUGGAAGGUAAUUAUUUACAUUUGUCAUUUACCAGACGCUCUUAUCCAGAAGGACUUACAGUAGUGAGUGCAUACAUUUUCAUACUUUUUUCGUAUUGGUCCCCCGUGGGAAUCGAAUCCACAAUCUCUACCAACUGAGCCACACGGGACCAUAAAUGCAAUGUUUUGAGUUCCACCUUCUGAUAUAAGUAUCUUUGUAUAAGGUCAAACCUUUCUAUACGACAACCUUUUAUGUUUUUUUUCUUUCCAUCCAGAUGUUCCUGAGGAGGCUUUUCAAAGGUAUUUAAUAUCUUCUUACAUAUUGAGUGAAAUUACUUACUGUUGGGACAGAACUGGAGUUGGCUCUCAAGUCUAGUUACACUUUGGUUGCACUGUGACUCUCCAUUGCUGCUUUAUCAAAUGUGUGUCAAUGACUGAACUUCCUGAAAACUGUAAUAAUGAACAUGUUUGCUUCUUUUCAUUCCUCCUGUAGCUUUGUCAUUACGGAAAUCAACUCGGGUCAAGGAGGGUCCUUUGUGCCCAUCCAUCUGCUACCAGCUGGCAAUAGUUCCACCCAGCUCUCUAUCAAACCGCUCCUAUCCUCCAAGCCCAGCAUGACUAUCACGGUCCUUGGUCCUAAUAAAACCAUGCCCUCCACUGCUGCAUCCAAAGGUGUCUGGACAACCCCCAAGGUCGGAGGCUUGGGCCAUGUGAUGGAACCACAGGCAGUGGAGUCCCAUGGGUCCGAGGGGUUGAGCAACGGAGAGCUGUUCCAUGGAGGAGAGGCCAGGAUGGGCAAAUCCAGGAAAGAAGGGGCAACCAAAUUGACAGUGCACCAGCUGAAGGUGUUGCUCUACGCCCUGUGCAGCAGCUUCCCCCAGGCGUCCCUGCGCUUUGGCACCCAGCCAGAGCUCAUCCAGGACUGGAUGCUGCAGCAGGAGAUCCAGCGCCUCCAGAAGGACUGGAUCUGGAGCACGGACCGCAUCGCAGAGUGGGUGAUGUGCCAACGGGAGCAGCAGCUGCCAGUCACAGAGGAAAACCUGCUCCAGACAGCCACGCAGGCCUUGGAGGAGUCGCACGAGAUCGGUGAGUUCUACGAGUGGGCCGUGGAGUUCAUGCUCCGCCACAACCUCAGCCUACAGGCCACCUGCUCGGCCAAGCGCCCGCUUCCGCGCAACAUCUACGAGAGUGUCCGCAUCUUCACUCGCUUUGUCUGCAAGCAGGUCAAAGAUGUCGGUUUCCGGCCGCCUUCAAUCGGAUGCAUCGACGAGCUCUCUGUGUUCCUGGACCUGGAUAAGCUCAAGACGAGCCCUGAGGCGUUCCAGUUGAUCGGCACCGGAGAGCCCCUGAUAGAGGUGGUCCUAGCAGGGCUGGCCGAUGGCACCAUGCUGCCCACCAUGGUGUUCCUCAAAGGCAACCCUCCACACCUCCAGAAGGCCAUCCCGGACUCUGUCUUCCUGGAGGCGUGCCCGGAGGGCUUUACUGAUGACGAGCGGCUCCAGCUUUGGCUCUCCAAGGUGUGGCAGAAGCACGUGAACCCCCAGGCGGGGGGAAAAGGUCUGUUGAUCAUGGACACUCACCACGGCCACCUGGCCAAUGACUUCCUGGCCGCCCUCAACAGCAGCAACACCCUGCCGGCGGUGAUCCCCAUCGGCUGCUCCUGUCGCCUGCAGCCCCUGGAGCUGUGCGUAGUGCCUGUUAUAAGGGAGUUCCUGCAGGCCCGCUGGUGCGAGAUGCACACCCAGAACGAAGGAGCUGUGGCUCUGGGGCCGGGCGACCUGGCCCUACUGCUGGUGGAAUGUCUGGGUGACGUGUUCUCAUGCUUGGCCACACAGCCCAAGAUCCUCCAGCAGUCCUUCAUGAUGGUCAGCACACCACCACAGGAGGAAGGAGAGGAAGGCCCGGCAGAACUGGUGCAGAGCCUGACCGAGGCUCUGGUCGGGCUUUCGUCGGCAAAGAAGAGCUCUGAAGUGCUAAUGAAAGUGGAGCCAGAGGACAAAGGAGUGGUCUCGGACACUACGUCUGAGUACACCUUGCCCUCGCCGCCACCCAACCCUCAAGCGCUCAAACAAGUGUUUGAGAAGGACAGCGAUCUGGAAUCUUUCCACGGCUUUGAGGAAACUGAGAUUGUUGAUUAUUUGCGGACCCGCACCUCACAGUAG